AUGAUUUUUCCGUUUGAAAGGCCUCCAAAUAAAGUUACUGCCCUACGACUUGAAAAAAUAUGGGAUUUGACUCUUGACAUCGCCAUUGCGCUUGGGAUCAAGUGUAUUUGCGUCUUUAUUCUGACCCGUUUGGCGGAUGGAACGGUUAUCAACUACGCAUCUCGUGGCUGUAAGGCCUUGGCCGAGUUCACAUCUGAUCUCGCUUCAUCCGAUAAGGGUAAGCGACGUGCUGUUGGGCUCGCUCGUCCACCACCUGGUCAACUCGGAUCAGCUCACCCACCAGUACCUCCCAGACCUCCGGCGAAGCAGCGCAAAAUCAGUUCUCACCCAUUUGAUGCUCGCCCUGUGCCCACAAAUUUUAGCCAGAGAGUGAAACAGAAGCAUUCAGAGCCUGACAACGACUUAGCACCUGUUGCUGGGGAUAAAAAGCGUGUGCUGGCUGUCGCUGCGCACAGGAAUAACGCCAAAGCCAGACUGAUGGAGAUGGAAUCGCAGACGUACCCGGAGUCCAGCAUAUUUGAGGACCAUUUCACACAUGAAGAUUCUCCUGUCCCUUCGUCACUUCGGCGCUCAGGAAGCUCAGCACUUUCCUCAACUUCUGCAAAUGCUCCACCUGGAUGGAUAUCGUGCCCCCCCAGCGACGGCGUUGCCCCCCAAGGCCACUAUCUAGACUAG